AUGCUCCGGCUCAGGUGCCGGGCGCAGAACUACGCUUGGGGGCGGUUGGCGGAAGACAGCGAGGUCGCCCGCCUUUGCGAAGCCAAUGGGACGCCCGUGGACGGUUCCAAGCCGUACGCGGAGCUGUGGAUCGGGACGCACCCCAGCGGGCCGUCCGAGCUGGCCGACUGUGGAGCCACGCUGCGGGAGUGGAUCGACGGCCGCCCCGAGGCGCUGGGAGACGAUGUGGCCGCGCGCUUCGGCGCCGGCGCCCUGCCGUUUCUGUUCAAGGUCCUGUCCGUGAGGACGGCCCUGUCCAUCCAGUCGCAUCCGGACAAGACGCUGGCGGAGAAGCUGCACGUGGAGCGGCCGACGGUGUACAAAGACCCGAACCACAAGCCAGAGAUGGCGAUAGCCCUCACAGACUUUGAAGCUCUGUGCAGCUUCGUGUCUAAUGGAGAGCUCGCAGAGGCACUGACCUCGUGCCCGGAACUCCGGCACUGUGUGGGCGACAAGCAAGUGGACGCCUUGUUGCAGGGAGCAUCAAUCGAAAAGGAGGCUCUCAAGGGAGCUUUCACUGCGCUGAUGAUGUGCGCUCCCGAUGUUGUCUCUGAAUCAGUGACACAGUUGUGUGCACGGCUGGAGGCGGAGGCAGGAAACCGACCGCUGACCAAGAAGGAGCGCCUUGUGCUCAGGCUGAAUGAACAGUACCCAAAGGAUGUUGGUGUGCUGGCAUCAUACUUCCUCAACCAGGUUGCAUUGACGCCUGGGCAGGCAAUAUAUCUGGCUGCUAAUGAGCCCCAUGCCUACGUUUCAGGAGAGAUUGUGGAGUGCAUGGCGACCUCCGACAACGUCGUGCGCGCUGGCCUGACGCCAAAGCUCCGGGACUCGAAGGUCCUGUGUGAGUCCUUGACAUACUCGCAAGGUAGCUCCAAUUAUGCAACUUGCUCAUGCAUCAGAGUUUGA